CACAAAGUUGUGUUUUUCUGCUUGUUUCUCAGGUUUUAAUGAUGGAUGAGGAGGUUUAUGAAAAUCUUCCUCCACCUUUAAAGGGUGGUAAAACAGACAGACCCCCUCGAUUUUGUCUCCUGCUGCUGUUUCUGGGGAUACUGUGUGGUCUUCUGGUGGUGAGCAUCAUCAUCAUCAUCAUCAUCCGCAUUGGUGUGAUCAUGUCCAAUCAGGAUGCAAACCUCAGUGAGAUGAUGCUGAAGAUGAGGAUCUUAGAGAACCAGACUGAGCAGGUCAAGACAGACAGAGAUGAUCUCAAGUGGACACAGGAAGUUAUCCUGAAAUUCAGCAACUUUCCAGUUAAUGACUUCUGCCCCGACAAAAAGUGUCAGCCGUGUCGGAAAGGCUGGAUUCAGUACCAGGAAAAGUGCUACCUGUUUUAUGAAGACAGUCCUUGGAAGACAUGGAAUGACAGCCGACAGUACUGUAAAGAUAAAGCUGCAGAUCUGGUUGUUAUUGAUAACCUGCAGGAACAGGAAUUCGUCAGUCAAAAUACUAAGUUCUACUUUGACAUACAUCACGGAUACUGGAUGGGGCUGCAGAACACUGACAACAAGUGGGUCUGGAUUGAUGGACAUGAGGACACACUUGGGUACUGGAGAAAUUUAUACACUGAGCUUUAUGGACUGAUGAUACCUGGAACCAAUACCACACAGAGCUGGGACUCAAGAACGAAUAAAUUUCUGAACAAAUUCAUCUGUGAGGAUGACAAAGUCCUGAUAAGGUCCAAUUAG